CUAAUUUUGCUGAAAACUUCAAAAAAAAAAAAUUGCUAAAUUCGAUACAUACUAGAAUGGCGUUAAGUGAUGGGGUGGUAAUCUCAAUGUGUAAUUCCUCGACAACAACACUGAAGCCAACUGCAACAUCACGAAGUAAUAGUAGUAUUGCUGGUGGUUACUGCAAUGUUUGUCCAGUUCAGCUGAAUCGGAAGAGUAAGGGGAAACCGGAGAAUAUAUGCCAAUUAAUAACGAUUGCUGACCAAAAAUCGUCAGUGGGAUCCAGAACGCCAUAUGAGACAAGAAGUGAAAGAACAUUACCGAAGGGCCGUUCAGUUAGUGUAACAACAUUUGGAAACGUGCAUGGUUUCGGUGGUGGCGGUAACACAAUCGCAGCUGCAGCGAUGUCCCUGAAACAAUUCGCAUCCCAACUUCGAUCGCCGCGAUUUUAUGAACCUGUCACAAAUUUGAAAUGCUUCGUACCAUACACACCACCACCCAUGUUAAGUCCAAUGAGGCGAGGCUCCGGCCUAUUUUGGAAAAUUUCACAGACUUCUCCAUCAAAGAUCACCAUGUUGCGACCAUCACAAGGAAAUAAUUUUGACAAAGCAGAAGCUAGCGAAAGUCUUCAUGAAAGUGAAGCAGACGAGGAACCAAUUGGAAAACGUUUACGACGCUGCAUUAGAUCAACAUUGAAACCGGUGAAAGAAGGUUCUGCAGACGAGCAGCAACAGGAAAUGCGAACACCGAUUCGGAAAAAUGGAUUAUGCUAUUCAUCUCAAUUUUUCGAUGCCAGAUUACUACAUUUAGAAGCCUUACGAAAAGAAUCGGACAUCUUCUGGAAUAAUUCUAGCUCAUCGGGUAUAUCUCCUGGUGCAGCAAACUUACCCUCUUCUAGGAAAUUAUCGGCUUCAUCGGAUGGUGAAACUCUAAGAAAAGUUUCGUCAUGUUCCGAUUUCGGUGAAGAAAUUUACGUUGCUCCAGAAUCCGAUGCAGUGCCACACAUCAACUGUGGACGUGAUUAUCAAGUAAAGGUAAAAAAAUGGGCUGAUCGAGCGGUAAGCGAUGAAGAACGUGAUGCUAUACCGGAUCGCGAUGACGCUAUCUUCGAUUGUAAUGUCAUCGAUCAUCUGGACGAUUCUGCCGUUGAGGCUUAUGAACUAUUAGCUUAUAGCAAAGCGGUACCACGGCCGGGUAGGAACAGAGAACUGGCGCUACAUUUGCUAAUGGAAAAUAAGGGGAAUAUUCAAGAAGCUGUUUUGGAUUUAAUGCGAUUAGAUACGCUGGACUGGAGCCAAUAUCCGAUCAUCUACAAUUCUAUAUACACUGAUACAAAUUCUUGGACACCGGAGGAAAUCAGUUUCUUCCAAGAUGCCAUUUACAAAGGCGAGAAGGAUUUCCAUCAAGUAGCAUCAGAUUUGGGUAACAAAACAGUGAAGCAAUGUGUGGAAUUUUAUUACAUGUGGAAGAAAGCAUGUCCAGAUGACUAUCGGAAACUAAGAAAUUUGCGACGUAAACGCCAGUUGCUGGAAAUGCAGCAACAGCUUGAUUUGAUGGAAAGUUACAAUCUGAGAUCGAAUAACCGACCAGUCGAAAGUGGUGAAUUGUCGGGUUCAGAAGAAGGAAGUGAUCUGUCUGUGAUUUCUCAUGACACCGAUAAGACGAAGAGUGGACACUCGGAUAGGAAUAUAGGUUGUUCGGCGAUAACACGAAAGUACUCAAUGGCAAAAUUUGAAGAACUGCCGCAUUCCAUCGCUCCGUUGCCGAUGGUUAUGGAAAGUGACGGUACACCUCGAUCUUUUUCCCAGUUACAUCGAACACCAGUUAAAAAAGGUGCUCAACCGGCAGCUGAUGGCUUCUUCCAUUGCCGCCUUUGUGAUAAAUAUUUCGAAAAGGUGAAAAGUUUGAAUGCCCACAUGAAAUCUCAUGCAAUGAAAGCACGAGCUGAAGCAGAAGUGGCACAAUCACAGCUCAGUUGGCAGCAUCACGACAAUAACGUCAAAACAGCUAAUGUCAGCAACGCUCUUGAGAAAGCGAUGUCAAUAAAAAACUCACCAAUGACUGAUUCAAUGUCGUUUGUCUAUCACCAUCAGAAAGAACAGCAACAAAGCUCUUUGAAUAAUGAUCCACUGAAGGCCAAUAUCGAGAGAUCAACUAUGCAAGUAACCAAUAAUUUUCCUGCUGCUUCAACUACAGCAGCUAUUGUUGCUUCAGAACAACAUCCAUUUGGUCCAGUUAUCGGAAAAUCAGGAGGUGGUGGAAGGCUUGGUCAGGAUCUGUUUAUGCAAACAUCUUUAAUUCCGGAGCACCAUCAGUUCACCCAGAAUACCUUGAUGUCCAGUUCUUUGGGUCUAGCAGCCCAUCAAGCUCUCAAUCAGUCUCUUACUGCUGCCAGUGUUCUCAAUCAGUUUCCACAAGCACAAGCACUGCAGUUUUUAAGCAAUUUACAAAACCCAACCAUUACUCAUUGACUUCGUAAAUUUCCUGGAUUAUCAUGUGUUAGCCUUGUAACUGAUAACUUUUGUUUCGUUCCUUACUUCAUGCCGCUGGUCAUUUUUGCCUCUUUUAAUUUUUUUUGACAGCUAUGUAAAAAU